UCAGCUGUGUCCAAUCACAGCUGAUCACUGAUGAUCAGUGUGCCCUGAUGAUCAGUAUGGCCUCAGCAGUGCCACCUGUUAGUGUCCAUCAGUGCCUUAUGUCAGUGCUCAUCAGUGCCUCGUGCCAGUGCCCAUCAGUGCCACAUAUCAGUGCCUACCAGUGCACAUCAAUGCCACAUAGUGCCCAUCUGAGCUUCCUUUCAGUGUCACCCAUCAGUGCCAGUCAAUGCCACCUAUCAAUGCCAAUCAGUGCCACCUGCCAGUGCCAGUCAGUGCCGCCU